UAGUUAGUUCACAGAAACAAUUCAAUUGCAAUUCCUGCAGUUAUGGCGGAGAUAUAUUCGUCUGAUAUUUUACGCAUUGUAAUAGCAGAAAUAGCCCAAACUAUUGGGUACAGCAAUACUCAAAAUGCUUCUUUGGAGUUAUUAGAAGAUAUAUUAUUACGGUUUGUGAAAGAACUGUCUCGUGAUCUACACAGUCAAGUUGAACAUGCAAAUCGUAUUGAACCAAGUAUUAAGGACGUUCAGCUGUGCUUUGGCAAUCUUGCAAUCGAUAUUCACGAAUUACUCGAUUAUGUGGGAAAUGUUGAGCCAGUACCAUUCGUUAGAGAAGUCCCCGAAUAUCCAGUAAAGAGAAACUCAAAUAUGAAUUUUCUUAAACCUGGUAGCGCAGAGACUCUGACACGACCAGUUCACAUAUUUGAAUAUCUUCCUGCCGUGCUGCCCUCUUCGGGACGAAUUUCAGUAUCCUCUUCUGCAUGCCAUAAUCCGUCUGAAAUCGAUCAUUUAUCCCUCAAUUAUCAGCAAAAAUGUGCAGAUAAUUUGUUAUCAGCGGAAGGAGAGCAAGGCGCUCCGAACAUGCAUAAUUGGUGCAGGCAAAUGGAAUCAUCGAUAUCAUUAAAGCAACCAACCGUAGAUAACACUGAUAGCAUUGAUGGUCAUGCAGUGCGGACAAUCAACAGCGUUGUAAUGACAACUGGAGGUUUUAUUUCACCGGCCAUAGAAGGAAAGAUGCCAGAAGCCUUUAUUCCUCCUAUUAUUGAAAAAUUAAAAGGCUUAGACGCUCCGCCUAUUUUGUCGCCCCUAGUUAUUCUAGAUACAAAAACCUAUUACAUUAGAAAAUCAGCUUAACGAAAAGAAUCAAGCAGCAAAAGACAAUGCUAUUGUGGAACGCAAACCCCUAACUGAAGACAUAUUUCUUUUACAUGAAAUUUCGACAGUUAAAAACUGAAAGCAAAAAUCUGGAUGAAGAAGCUAUUGGUUCAAUACAAGGCAAUCAAUCCAAACCCACAAAGAGCCAAAAGAAACAUUUAUUUGGUGCGGAAUUAAAUAAUAGUAAA